CUCAUCUUGUGGGUCUGGAUUUCCGCUCUCGUGUUUCCUGUCAGAGCAGCAGAGGGCUCAGCAUAGGGAGGGGCGGCCGUGCCCUCUCCAGCUCUCUGGGUCCUGGCCCCAGACACCACCCUGUAGAGCUGCAGUCCCAUCCCCUCCAGGGCGAUGGCUCCUUGGCCCAAUCCUGCCUUGGUCUCCUUCUGGCUCCUGUCUCUCUGCUCCAUCACCCUGGCUGGGGUUCACCAUAUCUCCUAUCUCCAGCUCAUCUCCCCUCAGGUGGCCUCUGGUCUGCCCAAGCGACUGCAAGUGAUGAGGGUGAAUGACCUGGUGCUCUCAGUCUAUGACAGCAACACGCGCAGGCAAGCUCCCCGCAAUGGGUACAGCCCAGGGAACCAGGAAAGCCAGCAGUUCUGGAAUGCACGCAGGGCUGGGUGCCUGGCCUGGGACUUCUGGGUGGAGACCGAGUACCAGGGCCUGGUGCGGGAGAUGAACGCCAGCGCCCCAAAGGCGGAGCCCUACUACAUGCAGGUCUUGAAGACCUGUGAGCUGGACGAUGCCACCGGUGCUGUCCGAGCUGUCACCAGAUAUUCCCUCAAUGGGGAGGACAUGCUGCAGCAUCAGACCGACCAGAACCGCUGGUUUUCGGUGCACCCGGCAGCCUGGCGAGUGGCAGAACGCUGGAACCGUGAAGGGGAGACUUCUGCUGUGCUGAACCACCUCCCACUGCAGCAAUGCAGGUUUUGGAUGGAGAGGUCUGUGCCAUUCACCACUCAGAAGACAGCCCAGCCCUCAGUGCAUGUGGCCUUCGUCCCACGGACCCAGGACCGGCAGCAGCGCCUCGUCUGCCACGUGACGGGGUUCUAUCCCCGUGACAUCGAGGUGACCUGGGAGCGGGGGGGCCAGGUGGCCCUGGGGGAGCAGCUGACCAGCGGGAUCCGGCCAAAUGGGGACCCCACCUUCCAGAUCCAGGUGUCCAUCGAGCUGGGGCAGGAGGGGGUCGGCCCUGCAGAGCAUGUGUGUGUGGUGAGACACAGCAGCCUGGGGGAUACCCCUCUGAGGGUGACCUGGGAUUCCCAGGCCACAGGCCAACCUGGUAUCCUGGUGAUUGUUCCUGUCUGCAUCCUUGCGGUGCUGGGAAUCGGGGCCCUGGGCUGGUACCUAAGGAGGAGGCCAGGGGCCCAGAAGGGGCCGUAUCAUCCGGCACAGACACAGCCAGAGACAGUCGACUCUGCUCCAGCCACCACUAAGCCAGCAGGAGCCUCCUCGUCCACAGCACCUUCUCUCACACAUGCCACUGAGUGACCAGACACGCAGGCAGCUGUGUAAUGGCCAUCACCGCAGACUGGAGCCACAUGGACCAUCCCUGGCAAAGGGGAGGUGCAGGGGGCGGAGGGGGGGGGGUAACGAAUAAGGCCAAAAUCCCUGAGGUACAGGGUGGGCUGUGUGACGUUGCACUCCAUAUGUUUUAUGGAAAUAUGCUUAUGAAUGUGAAUAUGAUGUAAAUGGAAUAUGCUUUA